UUCAAUCAAAGCCAAAUUGCAAGUAACACACACACACACACACACACAUACAUAAAUAUAUAUAUAUAUAUAUAUACACUCAAGUCACAUGACCAACGUUAAACGGCACAAUCAUCCAGUUGGCAAUGUCAAUCUUGUCGAGUUCAAGGCCGGCCGCAUGAUCCAAGGUGCCACAAUGGUUGAGCCGGAUGAACGCAAGGGUCUUCUAUAUCUCUAUCGGGAUCGGGACGAGAGCCUGCAUUUCUGCUGGAAGGAUCGUAAGGCGAACAAGAUUGAGCUGGACAUUUUGGCCUUGCCCGGCAGCCUUGAGUUUCGACGUGUCGAAUCCUGUAAAACGGGUCGCAUUUAUGUCCUCAAAUUUCGACGCUCGUCAAAUCGCAUGUUUUUCUGGAUGCAAGAUCCACGAUUCGAUUUGGACGAUGAUCUUUGUGCCCGUGUCAAUGAGCUGCUCAAGGCUAACACCGAUUCGGACGAUGAGAUCGCGACAAAUGUGCAAUCGUUAAAUAGUUUCAAAUAAGUUAAAUCACCUGAAGAUCAAAUUCAAUAGUAAA